UGCAGGAGUGAGGUUUUAAUUCACAACUCUGGGCGCAAUCUCUGCUCCGAGUGCAGGAAGAGCCAGACGGAUCAUAAACAGCUUGCUGCUUGGAUUAUUCUGUAUUUUACACCGGCUGCUGGAGCUCACCCUGCUGUGGCCAUGAGUGCAUGCAGCAGGAAGGCCUUGACUUUGCUGAGCAGUGUCUUUGCAAUCAGUGGCCUGGGGCUGCUGGGAGUGGCAGUGAGCACCGACUACUGGCUCUACCUGGAGGAGGGAGUCAUUAUGCCUCUGAACCAGAGCACUGACAUCAAGACCUCGUUGCACUCUGGCCUCUGGAGAGUCUGCUUUCUGGCUGGUGACGAAUCAGGUCGCUGCUUCACCAUCGAGUACAUCAUGCCAAUGAAUGUCCAGCUGACGUCAGAGUCCACAGUGAACGUGCUCAAGAUGAUCCGUUCAGCCACUCCGUUCCCUCUGGUCAGCCUCUUCUUCAUGUUCAUCGGUUUUGUCCUCAACAACAUCGGCCACGUCCGCCCUCACCGCACCAUCCUGGCAUUUGUCUCUGGAAUCUUCUUUAUCCUCUCAGGUCUGGCUUUGGUGGUGGGCCUGGUGCUGUACAUUUCCAGUAUAAAUGAUGAAAUGCUGAACAGGACGAAGAGCAGUGAGGCCUAUUUUUCCUAUAAGUACGGCUGGUCCUUUGCCUUUGCUGCCCUCUCCUUCCUGCUCACUGAGAGCGCCGGCGUCAUGUCAGUCUACCUGUUCAUGAAGCGCUACGCAGCAGAGGAGCUCUACCAGCCCCGCCAUCCCAGCUUCUACCGUCCUCGCCUCAGCAACUGCUCCGACCACUCUGGUCAGUUCCUCCACCCCGAGGCCUGGUCACGUGGACGGAGCCCCUCAGACAUCUCGAGUGAAGCUUCCCUUCAGAUGAGUACCAGCUACCCUGCUCUCCUCAAAUGUCCUGACUAUGAUCAGGUGUCCUCUUCGCCCUGCUGAAGGGAGGUUAGUAACCUACCAGUUACUAAAGAGUCACCGAGGCAUUGACGAAAGGCCAGAGUUUAAGAUACAAGGUUGAUAUUUAACUGUGAGUUUGCACCAUUACGACCGUGGUCAAGUGAUUUGGAAACCAGUUAUUUUCAGCAAGUUGUUGUUUGUUUUUACGUUUUUUUUUAUCAGGUCAGAAAAGAUUUUGGGGAGUUUGUUGUUGUAGCAGACACGACUGCAAAAUCUGCAGAUUUUAGAAGAAACAAUACAUGGUCAUUGUGCCACUGCUUCUGCAAAGAUCUCAAAAACAUUUAAAUAUUUUUUUUAUUUUCAUGUUCAGAAGGUCAAGUAUAGAUUACUUUGAACUGUAUUUUUACUGUACCUGUGCUUUUUACUUUCCAGUGCCUCACAGCUGUUUCUUUGCUUCCUUUUGUGAUUUAAAUGAGUGUGUCAUGUUUUAGGACCUUCUAUAUGUGCUAGUAUAGAUCACAUCAGUGCAACAACAAUAAUAUCAGAAGGCACAAUAAUAUCUGUGGUUGAUGUUUCAUUGGAUGUGCAGUUUCAAAAGCACACAUUUCGCUCAGAAGUUGCUCAUGAUCACAAUCAGCAAUACCUCUG